CAGCGGACUAAUGUACGUAAAAAGUUUUCCUAUGCCAAAGGUGUCACGUCCGCAAUGUUCCCACUCCGACGUUCAUGUAGGUCGUGUAAAUGCGACUAAGAGCCGCAAGGGUACACCGAGCGAAUGCUCUAUUUACUUGUAGAUGCCCUCUGAUUCGGCAGUGAUGGCAUCAAAUACCCAGGGUGAGUCAGUUUGCGGAAGUCGGUAGACGUUCAUUUGCCUGAAUUCUGGUGCUGCAUCCGGCCCGUCGCGACCUGAAUUGUCAGCACUGGUUAGACUGGAGUCAUCUCAUCAUAGGUAACCGAGUCCAGCUCAUACGUAGAUUUUGGUGGCAUCAUAAAACCAAUUGACUCCCCUCCUGAUCGUCCGAGUUUCUUCCUAGUAUUCUAAUUCCCAACACACCAUAAUCUCAUCCUUUCCUAGACAGCGGGCAAUUCUUUGAUACCUCCUCUGUUCACAAUUAAACGAUCUUACCUAGCUCUCCAAUUGCUCCCUCUGUAUCCAAACUCCCCGCUGUUUUACAACCCCUCCACCCUUCUCCAACAACACCACACCGACCGCGACCAUCGACACAUUUCAUCAUGGCGCCUGCUCCUCAAAACAUCGCCAGCAACCUCUCUGCUGCUGCUCAGCGCGGCGAGGUCUCUCACAGCUGGGAUAAGAACGUGGCCACCUCGCCGCUCACUUCUUUCCACUCUCCUCCUAGCUGGACCGCCAACCUCCCUAACCGUGGCGCGCCCAAAAACUUGAAGCCUUUCAACACCAAGGAUAUCAAGAUUCUACUUCUCGAGAACGUCAAUGUCACUGGUCAGGAGAUCCUGAAGGCCCAGGGCUACCAGGUCGAGGCCCUCAAGACCUCCCUCCCCGAGGACCAGCUCAUUGAGAAGAUUCGUGACGUCCAAGUCAUCGGUAUUCGCUCAAAGACAAAGCUCACCGAGAAGGUCCUCCGACAGGCCGAGAACCUCCUCGUCAUCGGUUGCUUCUGUAUCGGCACCAACCAGGUCGACCUCGAGUUCGCCGCCAAGAAUGGUAUCGCCGUCUUCAACUCCCCCUUCGCCAACUCGCGCAGUGUCGCUGAGUUGGUCAUCGCCGAGAUCAUCGUUCUUGCCCGUCAGCUUGGCGAUCGAUCCAACGAGAUGCACCGAGGCACCUGGAACAAGGUCAGCUCCAAGUGCUGGGAGAUUCGAGGCAAGACUCUGGGUAUUGUUGGCUACGGUCACAUUGGUUCUCAGUUGUCCGUCCUCGCUGAGGCUAUGGGUAUGAACGUCAUCUACUACGAUGUUGUUACCCUGAUGGCUCUGGGAACUGCCAACCAGGUUCCUACACUUGAGAAGCUCUUGGGUGAGGCUGACUUUGUCACCCUCCACGUCCCUGAUCUCCCUGAGACACGCAACAUGAUCUCUACUCCCCAGUUCGAGCAGAUGAAGACUGGUGCCUACUUGAUCAACGCCAGCCGUGGUAGCGUUGUCGACAUUCCCGCUCUCAUCAAGGCUAGCCGUGCUGGCAAGGUUGCUGGCGCUGCUCUUGAUGUUUUCCCCGCCGAGCCCGCUGCCAACGGUGACUACUUCACCAACGACCUCAACGCCUGGGGCGAGGAUCUCCGAAGCUUGAGGAACCUUAUCCUGACACCUCACAUCGGUGGUAGCACCGAGGAGGCUCAGCGCGCCAUUGGUAUCGAGGUCAGCGAGGCUCUGGUUCGCUACAUCAACCAGGGUAUCACUCUGGGCAGUGUCAACAUCCCCGAGGUCCAGCUCCGUUCGCUGACUUCCGACGAGCCCGACACCGCUCGCGUAAGUCUAUGCCGAAACCCGAAUUUGACAUACUCAAUACUGAUACAAAAUCAUAGGUCAUCUUCAUUCACCGAAACGUUCCUGGUGUGCUCCGAAAGGUCAACGAAAUUCUCGGCGACCACAACGUCGACAAGCAGAUUUCCGACAGCAGAGGCGACAACGCCUACCUCAUGGCCGAUAUUAGCAGUAUCAAGUAUGAACAGAUUAAGGAUAUCUACGACAGCCUCGAGGCUCUUAGCGCUCGCAUCAUGACCCGUAUCCUGUACUAAGAAAAGAGGCAUGGACCACUCGGUGGUCGUGAGGUUCAACUCUUACCCUUGAACUACCACAACUCAGUAAAAAGAAACGCGAUGCGACCAACAACCGCACGGGACUUUGCAUGCAUGGAGAAGGGGGAAAUAAAGGGGGCGGCCCGCUCGUUUUGAUCCGGUCCUUGAUUCCCGGACGCGGUUGACGCAUUGAUGCAUUGACUAAGGUCAAUGAAGGCAUGAGCAAUUCAAAUCUCCAUGACGCGACUUGACGAUCGUGGCUGGAGGAGGUUUUGCUACGGAUGAUGCAAGAAGAGUCGGAAACGCCAGAUAUGGGUAGGUACUCCAUUCUUGAGCGUGGAUCAAAUCAAAAGGGGGCUGGUUUUUGCGGCUGGUGCUUGAUUAAGUUAAGGUAAAAGCUCGCAAACCGACUGGUUGGGCUAGUCGGUGGCACUGUAUGGAGUAAUAUGGCAUGGAUGAAUUCAACGAACAGAAACAUUUGAGCUUCAACGCAACUUAGAAUACCAAAAUAGGAUCAAUCCGGUGCGAAUCGAGAGGGGGACCCCGAGGGGACCCAUAGACCAUCACUUUGUUGACCUUUAUGUACCUCUCUCUGUACUCUGUAGACUAACUUCAGUUCCACGUAAGGGCUGAGAUAAGCAUGCAUAGAGUUCGUUAACUGUUGGCGUAAGCUGCAGAGCUGCUUGACGUCAAACUAUGGAUGGCUUGUCGAUAAUAAAAUGUUGGGGAUAUGAGAUGCAUUUGCAUAGCCGUGUGGUUACCGAGACCUAAGUCCGGACCUGAAGAAGAUUAUGUACCUUCGGAAUUCGAGGUUGAUUCUGUGAUACCCUCGGCGAACAAGCUCCUCCGAGCUGCCUGGCUUUUACGAUUGUACCUCGCUGAUCCUUCAAAAAUGUCCUAAUGUCCUUGAUGGACUCAGUUCCUAGUCUUGGGGUUAUGGUGGGGAUCUAUUAAUUGGCUACUAGGGUUCAAGAAUUCCCCAGUAUUUUUUGGAAUUGGCAUCUCCUUUUUGGAGGAUCGGGCCUUGUUCAUCAGUGUCACCGGCGGGUUUCAUAUUUGGGCUUGUAAAUUGACUAGUGAAGUCUGAGAGAAUUGGUUCAUGAUGAUUGGUAUGUUGACUCUAACGAACCAAGGGAUUGUGAUCUCUGUCUUUCAGAGCACCAUGUGAAACUUCAAGUAUUCUAGGAGUGCAUACGCAUUGUGUCCGGUAACUACAUAUCCCCA